CUGUCUCCGAGUCCCGACUCCUCCCUCAGUUCAGCUUCAUUCUGCUUCACUUCAUCCAACAAGUGUCUCCUCUCAGGUCAGCCGUCGUAGUUUCGCCGAACAGACUCAGAGACGGAGCAGAAAGUCGCCUGCCACCUGUCUCAGGAUGCCUUUCGGAGGAGGAAACAAGUGCGGCUGCUGCCAGAAAACUGUCUACUUCGCUGAGGAGGUGCAGUGUGAGGGGAAGAGCUGGCACAAGUCCUGCUUUCUGUGCAUGGUCUGCAAGAAGAACUUAGACAGCACAACAGUGGCCGUCCACGUGGACGAGAUCUACUGCAAGUCAUGCUACGGCAAGAAAUACGGGCCAAAAGGCUACGGCUUCGGAGGAGGAGCCGGCGUCCUGAGCAUGGACACGGGAGAAGGACUCGGAAUCAAACCUGAAGAACAUGCUCCACAUCGCCCUACAAACAACCGCAACGCCUCAAAGUUUGCCAAGACGCCAGGAGGCUCAGACGUGUGUCCUCGAUGUGAGAAAACGGUGUACGCAGCCGAGAAGGUCGUCGGCGGAGGCAAUUCAUGGCAUAAGGGCUGCUUUCGCUGUGCCAAAUGUGGCAAAGGACUCGAGUCGACGACCCUCGCUGACAGAGACGGAGAGAUCUACUGUAAAGGUUGCUAUGCAAAGAACUUUGGUCCAAAGGGCUUUGGCUUCGGUCAGGGUGCAGGAGCUCUUUCUCACGCCCAGUGAAGCCGGAGUCCAUCAGCUUCCAGCAUCUUUCAGUCAAUAUCUGUCAAGUUUAGCGCUGCCCUUCUUACUCCAGCCACACCACAUGUAGGUUUGUGCACACGUUCAUCCAAACACAUUGUUGCUUCAGAAUCAGGUGUAAACAUUUAAAAACGCCGAGCUCUAACUCUGUCUUCUUGUGUGUUUAAACCAAGCACUUAACAAAACGGCCAUUUUCAACACAAGGAGACACAAAUACUGAGUUUGAUUAACAUCUAAAAAACAGUCUGACAGCUGAGGGAAAAAAAACAACCUUAACCCUCCUGUUGUCUUCAUUUACGGGCACCGAAAAAUAUUGUUUCCUUGUCUGAAGAAAAUCUAAAAAUUCAGCAAAAAAAUUCCUCAAAUUUCAGAAAAUUUGCAAAACCUUCAGGAAGAAAAUUUCAAUAAUUCCUGAGAAGUUUUAAUUUAAUAAUAAUCCCCAAAAUGUAGCAAGAAAAUCCUUGUAAAUAUUUUCAAAAAAUUAAUAAAAAUCUUUUUAAAAAAUCCUAAAAAUAUCUAAACUUCUUAAUUCGCUGGAUUUCGGUAAGGAACAUUUUUUAGCAUUUAUUUUAUUUCAGAAGUUUCACUCUGAAAAUAUAUUUUUCCCCACAUUUUCAAACUUUAAAUUUGCAAAACCUUCAGGAAGAAAAUUCCAAUAAUUCCUUAAUUUAAAAAAAAAAAAAUCCCCCAAA